UCUCCAUAACCCGGAUGAGGCUGAGCUUCCGGGGUCUGUAGCUGGAGCGCCGGAGGAAGAGCAGGAUCAGCUGAACUACAGAAGAAAUGAAAUUAUUCUCCUGAACUUCAUCACCAACAAUCAGGAUAUUUAACUAAGAGCAAUGUUAAACUGCUGAAAGAGUUGAAGCACAAGCCGUCCUGAAGAGCCUCCAGAACACGCAGAAACAGUUUGCUACAUUUAACAGACAAAUGAAGCCAAGUCCUGACAUGGAGAAACAGCAGCACUCUGUCAAGAGAUUUACCAACCAGAGUGAUCUCAAAAAACACCAGCGAAUUCACACAGGAGAGAAACCGUAUCACUGCUCAGACUGUGGGAAGAGUUUUACUGCACCAAAUACUCUCAAAAUACACCAGCGCAUUCACACAGGAGAGAAACCGUACUACUGCUCAGACUGUGGGAAGAGUUUUACUGCACUAAAGUCUCUCAAAAUACACCAGCGCAUUCACACAGGAGAGAAACCGUAUCACUGCUCAGACUGUGGGAACAGUUUUACUACACAGAGUAAUCUCAAAAUUCACCAGCGCAUUCACACAGGAGAGAAACCAUAUCACUGCUCAGAUUGUGGGAAGAGAUUUACUGCACAGGGUCAUCUCAAAAACCACCAGCGCAUUCACACAGGAGAGAAACCGUAUCACUGCUCAGACUGUGGGAAGACUUUUAAUCAACAGAGUACUCUCAAACUGCACCAGCGCAUUCACACAGGAGAGAAACCGUAUCACUGCUCAGACUGUGGGAACAGUUUUACUACACCGAAUACUCUCAAAAUACACCAGCGCAUUCACACAGGAGAGAAACCUUAUUACUGCUCAGACUGUGGGCAGAGUUUUAGUCAACAAAGUACUCUCCAACUGCAUCAGCACAUUCACACUGGAGAGAAACCAUAUCACUGCUCAGACUGCAGGAGGAGUUUUACUACACAGCAUACUCUCAAAUAUCACAAGCGCAUUCACACAGGAGAGAAACCGUAUCACUGCUCAGACUGCAGGAGGAGUUUUACUACACAGCGUUAUCUCAAAAAACACCAGCGCAUUCACACUGGAGAGAAUACUAUCCCAAAUUUGUCCCACGGCAAUUAAAAUAGCAUAAUGCUAUUAAUUGCUAGGCCCACUGUAAGAAUAUGGAGGAGUUUUACUAUGUUCAUUGUUCAUUGACUAAAGGGUUAAUCUGUGUGUUACUAAAGAAGCAUUUUACUUAAUCAGUAUGUUACUUAAGCAUUUAGCAUGAUUCCUGAUUAUUCAAGUAUAUUGUGUCUUUGUGCUUAACGCACAAGGCCAGGUUUUUUCUUGCAACUCAGCAUGAUUGAUUCCACAGAUGUCCAGCGAUACUGUGUUGUUGUUGUUUUUUUUUUUUCCCAAUGGAGACUAGACUUCUGGUACAUGUAAUCUAUAGCUGAGAAGGUUGAGGUGACCAGGUUGACGUAUAGGAUGAAAAACUGCUUAGGUGUCAAGAUGUGGGGUAAGCUACUUCCCAAACGCACGAUUGGACUAAGGUCAGGUCCUUGUCUGUACUUAUUAGACUGGGCUGCUUAGUGAGGGGUUGAGUUGGGCGGGGGUGAGCUUCUCUCUUCAAGAGAGCGGGAAGUCCUGGUCAGACAGCUGAGAACUCUGGAAACCUCAAUUUUCUCUCACCUUUGGGGUUUUCCUCUUAUUUUCACCUUUUUAAUUUCAAUUAAUUUUUAAUCAUCUUUUUUACUAAUUUUUGAUGUAUCAAAAAAAAACUGUUUUGCUCUGAAGAUUCUUUGAAUAAAAUCUGACAGAACUACAA